AUGGGCAAACAAUACGACUGUCACAAACAAAAGUAUUACGUCCCGCAGAACUUGAAACCGCAUCAGAUAUUGAAUUUGAAACAAGCCUCGAAGAGAGUGCAGAAAGAUCGGAGCAAAGCGACGAAGCAAGCACUCGGAAAGAAAGCAAAAGUUGCAUUAAAACUCGCUAACAGAAAAGGCGGCAGAGGCAAACGAAACGAAGCGAACCCAGAGUUCAAGAAAAAUCUCGCCAAGUCGAAACGGUUAAAGAAAUCCAAACGAAAAGGCAAGGUUUCCGGACGAAGCCGAUAA